AGCCUAACACUGUAGCACAUGCCUACAGAUGGUCAUCGAGAUGACGCCACCCUCCUCCGGCCGUCUCUCGGCCCUCCUCCGCCGGUGCGCAGCGAGCGGCGCGCUCUCCCCAGGCGCGCAGCUCCACGCGCAGGCACUGGUCGGCGGGCGCCUUCCGGACACCACCCUGGACACAGACCUCGUCCUGCUCUACAGCCGCUGCGGGGCGCUCCACCGCGCCCGCGAGGUGUUCGACGGAAUGCCCUCUCCGUCCAUGCACGCGUACAACGUCCUCCUCGCGGCCUCCCCUCCCGAUGCGGCCGUGAAGCUCGUGUCCCGCCUCGUCGCCUCGGGCCUGCGCCCCGACAGGUACUCCGUCCCCGCCGUGCUCCGCGCGUGCGCCGAGUCGCGCGACGCGCUCCUCGGUUCCGUGCUCCACGGUUUCGCCGUCCGGCUCGGGUUGCUGGCCAAUGUCGUGGUCUCCGGCGCGCUGCUGGACAUGUACGCUAAGACCGGGACGCUGGGUGACGCGGGCAGAGUGUUCGACGAGAUGCCGGAGAGAGACGCCGUCGCGUGGAACUGCAUGGUUACUGGGUACGCGAGGGCUGGGAGGUCAGAGGAAACCCUGGAACUCUUUCGGAAGGCGCAGAUCGAGUCCGCGGGUAUGGCGAGGGAUCUGCGGGCCGUGCCGAGCGUGCUGAAUGUCUGCGCAGACGAAGGGCAGCUGAUGAAAGGGAGAGAGAUCCAUGGCAGGAUGGCGCGGUGCCUUGCUUCUAGUUCAGAUACCGUGGUGGGGAACGCGUUGAUAGACAUGUACGGUAAGUGUGGCCAGGUUGACGGAGCGCAGGCGGUGUUCGCGAGCAUGGAGGAGAAGAACGUGGUGAGCUGGUCGUCGCUGAUAUCUUGCUACGGCGUCCAUGGCAUGGGAAAGGAAGCGCUGAGGGUUUACGAGGAGAUGGUGUCCGUUGGGGUGAAGCCAAACUGCGUCACGUUCGUCUCAAUCCUGUCGAGUUGCAGCCACUCCGGGCUCGUGAGCGAUGGCCGGAGGAUCUUCGAGUCGAUGCGCAAGGUCCACGCGGUAGAGCCCACCGCUGACCACUACGCAUGCAUGGUUGAUCUCUUGGGGCGUGCCGGAGCCAUCGAGGAAGCUGUUGGGCUGGUAAACGAGAUGCCUAUGGAGCCCGGUGCUAGUCUGUGGGGAGCGUUGCUCUCUGCCUGCGCGAUCCAUAACAACGUCGAUGUCGGAGAGGUUGCGGCUUAUAGGCUGUUCGAGUUGGAAGAAGACAAUGCUAGCAACUACGUCACUCUAUGUGGCAUAUACGAUGCGAUUGGCCGAUCUGACAGUGUUGCAGGGUUAAGGUCGAGGAUGAGAGAGCUCGGCAUGGUGAAGACGCCUGGCUGCAGUUGGGUUCAUGUGAAGGGAAGAGCCUACGCCUUCUACCAGGGGUGCGUGCCACGGUACUUGAGGAGACAGAUGCUUCGCGUUUUAGGCCAUCUGCUCGAGGAUAUGGCUGGUUCAGGAUAUGAGAAUGAACAUCUGAGCAUGUGCCAUGGGAUAGUUGGGUACUGAAUCCGUGAUGUGCAGUUCCAGUGUUGCAGAGUCGUUUUAAUCUGAGGAUAGUAAAAGCAAGCAUUCUGAAAGCCAGUUGGCUUAGCUUUAAUCCGUAUCGGACAGCUGCAGCAGUCCGAACAUCUGGCUUGAGUUGAUUGACACUGUGCUGCACGUGGACAGUUUUCUAUGAUGCGCAGCAAGGGAUUUUAUGUGUUGUUCUGCCCAGUUCUAGAGGACUUGGAAUACGUCAUGACCAAAUCUGUAGUAUUGUGCUGAAUCGUGAAGUGUGGUGGUUCAUUGAAGGAAAGAAAUGUAUUCUCUAACUCCCACCGCAGCAACAGGAGAUUCUGCGGUCGAGCUAUACAGCAGGUGUCUGAAACCAAGUGAUUGUGAACAUCUGUGGUAGAUAGGGAGGAAAGAGAAAUGAUGGACUUGUCUAUAUAGCAACAUGCUGGGGUUGAUGCUGCUUGUGGUGGUCAUCACGACCGGGAAUGUUUUUCAGUCACAGGAGAGACAUGCACAGACGACCCAAGUGUAGAAAUUUGUCGCGUUGAUUAGUACCAGUUCUGUUCGCUGUUGAUGGUUCUUGUGCUUGUAUUGUACCCUCUAUCUAUAUGCAGGGAAGAGAUGACAGACAAGGAAACCAAUGGAUUGUUGUGCCCUUUUGUUGACCGAAAUUAAAUGCGUUUGGUUCU